GCAGCUCACAGACGGAGCGAUACAGGAAGAUACUACAGUCAGUGGGACCUUAUCAUCCAAGUGACGUCGUAUAUGAUCAAUCCCGACUUGUAAUAAUCUCAAAGCAAAGAAGCAAUUUCAGCCGAAUUCCCAGGACUACUCUGGAGGCAUCUGUGGGACGGUCAGUCUACUGUGUUGACAAGGUGGAGAAAUGUGCAUACACAGACAACAAGGGGUGUGGAAUUAAGCACAGGAGAGAAAAGAUGCCGAAGAUGAAGCAGUAAAGAAGAGCUAGUUUCUGGGCCUUUGCAGACUUCCUGCGGCAGCAGUUGAAGACCUGGCCACGAUGACAAUGAAAGGUCUGUCCAGCAGUCGCAGUCACCAUCACACAGUGACCUGCGACCCUUCUUACGACUCGAUGACCCUGGGACACUCAGAUCGUCGGUCCUACUUCCUAAACUCUGGGGAAUCUCAUCCUGCUGACCACCCUUGCUAUACCCAAAGGAACUCCUUCCAGUCUGAGUGCAGUACCUAUCCUGAUCUGGCCAGCUGCACUUUCCCUCGCAGACAUUACAGCUCUCACCAUGAGCUAAAGGAGGAGUGUGGUGCUUUGGUGCCUUACACCGGGCCGAGCAGUAAGGGAGGUGCAGGAGGAAACAACAAUCGCAUCCCCUCUAACCUGCUAGAGCAGUUUGAGAGCCAGGCACCAUUGCGGCGUGAAGGCUACCACACACUGCAGUAUAAGCGCACUGCUGUGGAGCACCAACGCAGCGACAGCCCCGGUCGAAUCCGCCACCUCGUUCACUCUGUCCAGAAGCUUUUCACCAAGUCACACUCCCUGGAGGGGCCCUCAGGGUCUGGUGGGGGAGGAAGUGGGAGGAUGAAUGGCAGCAAAUCCAGUCCUGAUGAUCCACCAUCAUCCUCUGGCACCUUAAAGCACAGCAAGCGCAGUAAGAGCAAAGACCGCUCCAAGUCGGAGCCUAAGAUGCGCUCUGCCAUCUCAGGCUACUGGAGCUCAGAUGACACGCUUGACCGGGAGGUGUGCCUCUACCAUCAUCAACAUGGGGGCAGCAGUGGAGGCCUGCCCUCUGGGGUCAUGACUAUGGGGCGUCAUCCAGAAAAAUCCCAGUCGCAGUACUUCAUGGAGUCCUAUAACACUAUCAGCGCCCAGUCUCUCAAGACGUCACGUAGCAACAACGAUGUGAAGUGCUCAACGUGUUCGGGGGGCAGCGGUGGAGGGCUGCCGCUGAUGAGUGCGCUCGAUGGCCAAGUUCAGCUGAAGAAGAGCUCAUGGUCUUCUACUCUGACGGUGAGCAGAGCAAGAGAAGUCUACCAGAAGGCCUCAGUCAACUUAGAUAAAGCUCUGGUGAAAGCCGAGCAGGGACGCACUUGCCACUUCCUUCAGGUGCCUCAGGAUGAGUGGAGCAAUUUCUCUCCGCUGGGGAAAGAUGACGAGAUUCCAUGCCGGCGGAUGCGCAGUGGCAGCUAUAUCAAGGCCAUGGCUGAGGAGGACAGCGGCGACUCGGACUGCAGCCCCAAACCCUCGCCCAAGGUCCAGGCACGACGAGCCAGCUACCUGAAGGCCACGCAGCCGUCUCUCACAGAGAUGACUACGCUCAAGAUUUCCACAGAGCACUCACCCAAACUGCAGAUCCGGAGUCACAGCUAUCUGCGGGCGGUGAGUGAGGUUUCCAUCAAUAGGAGUCUGGACAGCUUGGACCCAGCAGGGCUGCUGGCUUCGCCUAAAUUCCGCUCCCGAAACGAGAGCUACAUGAGAGCAAUGAGCACCAUCAGCCAGCCCAGGGGCAACAGUUUGCCUCACCAUCUGAAUGAUGGACCCCCGAGACAUCCCUUCAAGUCCUGGCAUGGAGCAGGCCAAGAAGAGAAUGUCACACUGGACCUGGCAUCAACAAAAAGAAUAAAGGUGAGCGAGGUGGAGGUGAAUGGGCAGAUCGAGGCGGUGUGUGAGUCAGUGUUCAGUGAGAUGGAGUCACAAGCAGUGGAUGCCCUAGACCUGCCCAUGCCUGGGUGUUUCCGUAUGCGGAGCCACAGCUACGUGCGUGCCAUCGAGAAAGGCUGCUCACAGGAAGAGGAAGAGGGGAGCGUCACAGCGGGAAGCAGGAGGACCAACUCACCCCCACGCACCACCACCACUGUUAGAACCAUCCAGAGCAGCACAGUGUCAUCAUGCAUCACCACCUACAAAAAGACCCCUCCUCCGGUCCCACCACGAACUACCCCAUCCAAACCUUUUAUAUCGAUCACAGCCCAAAGCAGCACCGAGUCCGCCCAGGAUGCGUACAUGGACGGGGGUCCCGGCACACGAACGGGUAUCAGUUCCCAGCCGGGCCUGUCCAACUCUACAGAGAGCAUCGAUAGCAUGAAGGCCCUGACGGCGGCCAUAGAGGCAGCUAACGCUCAGGUGCACGGCCCUGCGAGCCAGCACGUCACCAACAGCACCAUCACCAUCACUGCCACCGCCACCACCUCCGCAGUUGCACACGUUUCUGCGGACACCAAGGCGCAGAGAGAAGCUCUCCGCAAGUGCCUGUCCAUAGGGAUCCAGGUGGACCCAGAAGAAGGAGGGCCCACAGAGGAGCAGUCUAAAUUCCAGUCGAUAGGAAUUCAGGUGGAGGACGAGCGAUGUCACCGCAGAAUGACCCGCUCCAACAGUGUAACCACAGCUGUGCAGGCUGACCUCGACGACCCAUCAGACGCUCCGGAGCUGCCGCUGCGUCUCUGCGCCACCAUGCCGCGCCAGCACUCACGCGAUGCUGCCACUUCCACCGUCAGCAUCCAGGGCUCUGGGAACCACUACCACGCUUGUGCCGGAGAUGACUACGGGGAGGUGGGCUUUGACCCGUCCAUCCUGCCUCCUCCUGACCCCUGGAUGGACAACGUACCUGAACCAGAGGGUGAGGCUCUGGAGGCGGUUGGGCGAUCGGUGUGCCCGCGUGACGGCCGCUGGUUCCUCAAGUUGCUGCAGGCUGAGACAGAGCGUAUGGAGGGCUGGUGUAAACAGAUGGAGCAGGACGAGAUGGAGAAUGAGCUGCCUGAAGAGAUCCUGGGUAAGAUCCGCAGUGCAGUGGGGAGUGCCCAGCUGCUGAUGUCCCAGAAGUUCCAGCAGUUCCGGGAGCUGUGUGAGGAGAAUCUGAAUCCAAAUGCGCACCCGCGGCCCGUCUCUCAGGACUUGGCUGGAUUCUGGGACAUGCUCCAGCUGUCCAUCGAGAACAUUAGCCUGAAGUUUGAUGAACUCCACCAACUGAAAGCCAACAACUGGAAACCUCUGACUCCUCCAGAAAUUCAGGAGAGAAGGAUGCCUCCUCCUGUGCCAAAGAAGCCCCAGAAGGGCCACCCUCCCCUGGCUAGGGACCGCUCCCUGGAGAGCUCUGAGCGCCAGCGUCUGGAGGCUCGCAAACGCCUGCUAGCUGCCAAACGCGCCGCGUCAGUUCGGCAGAGCUCUGCUACCGAGAGCGCAGACAGUAUCGAGAUCUAUAUUCCUGAGGCUCAGACCAGACUAUGAGACACACAAAGUCAUAUAACAACACACAGGUCUAGUACACUGUCCCAUAAACACAAUAGCACUGAAUGGUAAAGCUACGGUGCUAACAUAAUCACAUUUUUUGCAGACUUCCCAGAUCACUGUGAAGUCAGUUGCUAUGGAAGCUGGUUGAAGAAGUAAUGUACACUUACAAUAUUUAUUUAUUAAUUAAUUUAUUUAUCUUUCUGUCUCUUCUUCCCUUCAUUUCCUUCUCCCAGCUUUGAUGUAGCACUCCCUCUGUUCCUUGUACCUCCACCUGCUCGUUGCUCCCAAAGAAUUAUCUCACUAAUCCCCACGUUUUAAGUGACCUGAUAUUACAAAGAUAAGCCUGGUGUAGCACAGCAGUGUUGCUUCACACGGAUAUGUUUCAGGAGCCGAGGACGCAAUAACAUGGUGGAGGGAUUCUGCGCGUGUGUAGGUGCUUAUAUGUCUAUACGUGCAAACACACAGGCAGUUGUAAGUGAUGUAUUUAAUCUAUCAGAUCAACUGAAGAGACCAGACCAGAAUCAUUCUUGAUAUUUAUUAUGUUAUAUUUUCUAUUAAAAAAAAUCUAGUUUUUAAAAAGAAAUCAAUAUCUGACUCUAAGAGUACUACAGCCACAAAAGUCUGUGUUUUGUCUAUUGAGGUCACAUUUUAAAACGUAAUAUUAAAAAGCGUGCGUAUAGAGACAGCUGGUAACACAGUUCACCUUCUGCCUGAAAGUGGGUCCUUCCAGUUGCAGGAGGGCGACUCUAUAGGAAAGGUCAAGAGGUUAGAUUUUGCUCCUCCAGGUUCAGCAAAGUGGCUCCUCAGACAGUAGGAGUUAGGUUUUUGGCCUCUGCAAAGAGUGCAGUACCCUGAAAGGUUCCCAAAAAAUGCCACAAACCGAAUAUGUGUUGUAUGUGUGACAGGAUGAGUGUGUGCGUGUUUUGGUUAACUUGUUUGUUUCAAAAGUGCUUCCUAUUUUUCUAGGUCUAAAGGGUCCUAGCUGUAAUUGAAGAUUAAGGUAGCAGCAUCAGCAGACUGUAAAACAAAUCACCCGUCUUGUCUGAAUUGAGACUGAGCAGAACAAGUUUGUAUAAAGGAUAUAUAAUGACAUGAAGUGCAUGCUUACACACAAGGUAACUGAUAUUUUUGUCUUUUUUAACAGAUUUAUUCCUUACUCACACCAUGUUUAAACUCUUCAGUGUAACAGACUAAGCUAAAGGACUCAUAUGUGGUACAAUACUGGUAGUUGUACGAUAUUUUAUUAUGUCAUUUUUAGACAAGAAGAGUUUAUGGACAGAAUUGAGACUACGGGACUGAGAAGGGACUAUUUCUCCUCACUGUGUGUGCACUCCCUCUGCCUCUAAAUGAAGCAAUUAUUUGAAGGUCAUAAAGAAAAAAAAAAUCCAGUUUCUAAUAUUUUGUAUUAGUGUUUAAUUUAUUGAUUAGGAGAACAAUGACUGUUUAUUGCCAUUGUUAUUAUAUUAUUAUUAUUAUGCACUGAAAACAAGGCCCUUAUACUGUGUUUGUGUUUUAUUUAUGUUCUCCAGCAUGACAGGCGCCUUUUUUGUCUUUUCCGUUUCAGUGAUCAGCCUUAAUUUCUAUCGCGCUAGUCGAGCACAACUGCAGUCUCAGGGGAAGACGUGUGUGUGUGUGUGUGUGUGUGUGUGUGUGUGUGUGUGUGUGUGUGUGUGAGUGAGUGUGUGUUUGCGAGGUUCAGAGAGAGAGUGUGACUGACUUCAUCUGACUGUAUAUGACCCAUAUUGUUGUCUCUUAUUGUACAUAAUUCCUGCCAGCAGGAUAGGCCAUGAUCUUAAUAAAGCAACCAGUGUCCAUACCAUAUUCUCAAUUAUGUUUCUACUGAGCAUCUCAACCCAGCUUACUGCAGUAAAACAAGGUACUUCUGUCAGCUGCUUGAAUGUGGAGACAAUCCCGAGUCGGUUUAUGGUCACUUAAUUCUUCACAGACUAGCAGAAUUUGGUGUGUAGUCCAAUUUUCUGUAUUGAUCUGAUAAAGUUGUGUGCCAUUGGAUAACUAUAGGAAACACGGUAUAUUCCUGUUAUUUGUCCCACAAUGUUGAACUACUACCUGAGCUUUUCAUCGAGAGAUGUGUGAAGAAACUCAACAGAUGAUGUAACCAUACAGUAUGAUUUGUAACUCCUUUAGUUGGUCAAUAAAUAUUUUUAGAGAGGGUGCUUAUAAGUAUAGUUCAAACUUCAUGCCAUUUAAUAUAGACAAAGCUCAUUUUAGUACUUUUUCUUUGGAACUUGUUUUAAGUCAAACUGUCUGUCGAAUAAACAAUUCUUUUAUUUAUGUUUAUUAUAUUAACAUAUCAAUAUAACCCUCCUGGUAUAGCAGGGAGUUAGAAACCAGAAUGUUGGAUUGUGCUUUAAUUGCUAAACUCACUCCAGCAGUCCUGGCAAAUCUGAAACUUGUGAUGUAGUUAUAUUAAGAGAAAAACCUUCAAAUAAACAUUUGUACAUACAUGAAUGUUUCCCUAUUUAAAUGUAAACUAAAAGAACAAAACAACAUAUUACAAGCAGAUAUACAUUUUGUAAUUAAUGUUAUUACACUCUUGAUGUUAUGGCACGUGUAUGAGCUCUUAUCAGCAUUAAA